GGAGCGGAUGGGAGCUGGUGAAUCUUAUCUCUUCAGCAAGAACCAGAGCGGUGGAAGCGAGUUCUACGCAUCCGGUGGCCUCGCAUUAUCUUCCAAGGAAUCAAAUGAACUUGGUUAGAGGCCGCCAUGGAAUGGCAGACCACAUGGUGUAGAUUUUAGAUCAAGUUCAAGUCUUAAUCGUUUUGGUGGUAGACGCGAGUUGAAAGCGGAGGCGUUCGGUGAGCAUCUGGAAUCUGUAAGCUUAGAUGGAUGCAUAGUGAGGAGCAGUUACGUGCCUGAUGCUAUAGGAUUAGCGAUGCAGAACUGGGGCGAAGAACAGAAAGCAUUAGUUCGUGCGAUGGGCCUUGGUGGGUUACUGCAUCUUCGGAAAACAGGGAAUUUUUUUAUCUCUUUCACACGAUCUCUGCUUGAUAGGAUCGACCCCAAUGACAGUACGAUGAGGCUGCCAGGCGGUGCGAAGUCGAUCUUGGGCGAGAUGGAGAUUUGCUCUUAUAUGGAUAUAAGGAGAGGAGGUUUGACACUGCAGAGGAACGGCAACAGUCCAAGUGAUGAUCACUACAUGAGUGAUAGGUAUCUUCUGGGAAUGGCUCUGAUUCCACAAGAGAUCACUGUGAACGAUGUAGUUAGUAUACUACAAGAACACGUGGACUCGCCGAUGACUCGAGAGUAGAGGAUUAAGACGGAGGUGGGAACGGCCAUGCUUGCUGUUUCCGUUGUAUUUGGACCACGAGAUGGUCACAACCACGUGACAAAUGAUGCAUACUGGCUUGUCGAAGAACCAUCCAAACUUAGUGUUUGGAACUACGGUAGAUAUGCUCUAGAGGAGGUAAUGCGAGGUGCCCUGUGCCUGGCAGAGUCCAAACGAAAAGGAGAGCAAAAUGUUUGGCUAUAUGGAUGCCCAACUAUUUUGCAGAUACACUACUUCAACUCGGUUGAUACCGGUUAUCUCACCAUCGAUACAACAAAGCAAGCCGCGGUUAAGCUGUAUUCAACUUCUGUAGUGAGAACUUUCAUCGAAGCAGAUACCUUCGAAGAGGAUGGCCAGGUCAAGUAUGGAGGCUUGAAGGGAAAAGUUGCUUGUUCUGGAAAAGCUAUAGCUGCCGGUUGUAUACACUAUGAGACACUAUUAUACCUAAAAGGAAAGUUGAGAAUGUCUAUGUUAAAGGCAGAUUCAGUAUGUCAUGAGUUCAACGAGCUCAUGUCCAAGGAUCAUUCAAAUGAUGUUGGCAUGAUAAAGAGACGGAUAGAAGAGCAUGAUAUGGCACAGACUCUAUCGAGGCUUCAUGAAUGGAAAGAUAACGACGCCAAAAUUGCAGAUCUGUAGAGGGCUUGAGACAACAUUGGAGAAGAAGCACUGGGCAAAAUAUAUGUUGUUGCUUAAUGGGAUGUCGUCCUUGAUAUCUCAGUUAUACCCCGGCUAUCAUGUUGAUGCUUCUAAAUGGAAAAUGAAAUGCCAUAAAGUGUUGGCGGACCAAGUGAAGAGGGGUGAUACUGCAUUCUAUGUUUUACUCAUCAUAUUGAGCUUCAGUGGGCAAGAGAUAAAGCACAUUCUUAACACGAAUUCUCUGGCAUUAUUCAAGCUUAAUGUGCUGCAGUGGUUGGGUAAAAUGGAUGCGAACAUAUCAAGUUUCCCAAGGGAAAUCAUACCAUGUUAAAUUCUGAGUUACCUAAGUUAUUUAACUGGUAGAGCGGCAACAAGUCGUGGUAUUGUAAUGAAUGUCAUACUACUUACUAUUUAAGACAUAUAUCGAUUGUUUUAAAUUAGUUAAGCGCUAUGAAGGAUGUGGGAUAUAUUUCGUAAGCUUAA